AUUUCCGGGUGACGUAUUUUAGUGCAAAGAAGGGCACCGUGAAACACUUCCUGAACGUUCAGGACACGUUCGCUCUCAUUUCUCUCAACUUCGUCGACAAUCUAAGUUUGGCCAUAAUGGCUUAGUAAUCAGUGCAGUAUAAAUAAUGUACCACUACCCUUCUUAAUGUGCACCAAACAAUAAUGACGGAACACAUGAGCACACGUACAAGAAUCACAGCACUACAGCAACAUGGCGGAAAAGGGGCGAGGGGACAGCCAGGAGGAGCAAGCCGCAGCAGGAGGGACAAUGGUGACGGACCUCCAGGGGGCUUUUCGGGUCGUCUCCCGUACCCCCAAAGAUAGGCUACUGAGCAUCACCUUUAAGAUGAGCAGCUGCGACCCCGCUGAGCAGCUGGUGCAGACCAUGGCUCUCAUCGUCCUGAACAGGGAGGUGGACGCCCUGCAGCAGCUGCAGGCCCUCAGGGAGCACCACAUAGCCGCCUACCUGGCCGGCCAGGUGAGAGAGAGCUGCGGGCAGCUGGAGGACAUCAAGGUGGACAGCUUCCAGCUCCCAGAGCCCAGGGUCGGCACCCUGAGGGAGCUGGCGCGGAUAUUCCGGGUGCUAGUUCAGGAAAGACUGUGUGAGGCGUCACUGUGUGAUCAGGCCUACGAAGCGGUUCUGCUUGAGUGUAAGAACAACAGCAACGGGGAAGAGAUGCAGCACACAGGCAGUUCCUACCUGAACGAGCUCAUAGAGGAAGUUGUACAAGCCUGUGGGAUGGAGACCAGCUCUAAGGCCCUCCAGCUGCGCUCGGACAGCCUCCGCUCCCUUUCAGCCGGCCUCCGCGAUGAGAACAGCCACAGCUACCCAACCUCCCUCCUGUCCUCCACCUACAGCUCUUAUCCCAGCCACCUGGAGAUCAGCGCUACACCCACUCGGCCUGCUGGGGGCUCCAGCCCCACCAACACCCAAAGCUCACAGCAGGCCUCUACACACACACAAGACUCACAGCAGGUCUCCACACACACACAAGACUCACAGCAGGCCUUCACACACACCCAGAAUCUGCACUCAGGUGCUUCCUCCGCAGCUGCUGCCCUGGUAGAGGGGGCGACACAGGGGCAUCCGGAUCGGGUGUCCAGACACAGUGCAGCUGCUGAUAAGCACAGAGGUGUUGCAUUAGCACCUGUUCCUGCCGCGCCUGUGGAGCCCGGUCGCCCGCCUGUCCAGUGCUCAGGUCGAGACGGCACACGUCAGCUCGUAACCUCCAUAAGCACAGGUAUGGAGACCCUGCGUCUGUCUGAGCCUGUUCUCCCAGCGUUCUCCCGCUCUGUGAGUGCGCCCGAGACGCCUGCGGCAUGUGAGGACGAGAGGGCCGUGUUUUACUCGUUUGUGAUCCUGCACUCCCCAGAGGACGCGGAGGAGGCCGAGGAGCUGCGGGAGAACCUGGAGUGCGUGACCUCGGGGACCGGGGCCACCUUUUCCCAAGACUUUGCCAUCCCUGGCAGGCCCACUCUCUCGUGUUUGGACGACGCCAUCGACAAUUCCGCCUUCACCAUUCUGCUGCUUUCUCGGAACUUCACCUCACGUAUGCAGGAAGUCCUCACCGACUCUGCCCUCAUAAACUCCAUACACAACACCCACAAGUACAACUCCGUCAUCCCCCUUCUUCCUCUGAACAACCCUCUGCCCCAAGACAGUCUGCCCAGGGUGCUGAGGACAAUCGUCUCCCUCAAGGAGGGCAGCAGGAGCUUCAGGCAGAACGCCAUGAAGGCCAUCAGUCCGCAGAAGGUUGCCAGGCAGCGGGUGAAAUGGGAGCGGGAGCAGGAGGCCAAGCGGCUGCAGGAGAGGAGGCAGAGACUCCUGGAGGAGAACUGCUGGCGGGAGCAGCAGAUGCAACAGGCCGAGCUCAACCAGAGGCUGCUACGUCAGGCCUGGGACCUGCACUGGAGGCAACAGAACAUGCCAAGUCCAACCCCUGCCCCACCUUUUCACCCCCCCACCCCGGGGACGGGAGUCCCACCUUCAGCCCCCCUACCAAACUACUCCCCACACACCCCACAGAUGAACCCAGAUAGUUUUUGGGGUCACCCUUCACAAGCACAAGCGAUGCCCUACCCCCCAAACAGUACCAUCCACAUUAGCAACGCCCAAUGUAUCAUGAUUGGGAACAACUCCACAAUGACCAUAGGAGACCCUGAGGUGCUUUAUGGUGAUCAAGAUGAGGACUGACUGCAGACGCGGGAUCAGACUUCAGCUCAGGACUUAGUGCCUUUAAGGACGAGCAUGCCAUAGCAUUAAUGCUAUUAUAUAAUAUAGAUUGGGGUCGAGGUUCUGUUCAUUACGGUUCAAUGGAAAAGGCUUGACAGUGGGAUCAAACUGACACAAUAUUAUCCUCCAUUUUGAACUGAUCAGUGGGUAAUUUUAUAUACUCU